UAUGUUGUCCCGUACAGCCUACCGGUGCCUCUCAGCCGUAUAACUGGACUGCAUUGCUAAGCCAUGGGCAGUGUGUUGGCUGCCAGCUCCCCAAACCCACCCCCAACCACAGGGGGUGGCAGUGCCCCAGGGGGGGCAGGUCUAGUGACGGUACCUCCAGGUUUCACCAUGCCCCCGGUAUCUUCAGUCCCACCCUCCUCAGGCACACAGGGACAGGCUGGGGCAGAAACGGAGGGCUCUCUCCCCAACCCUGGCACAUUUGAGGAGUGUCAUCGCAAAUGUAAAGAGGUCUUCCCUGUACAAAUGGAAGGGGUACGGUUGGUUGUCAACAAGGGCUUGAGUAAUCACUUCCAGGUUAGUCACACAGUUACUCUAAGCACCUUGGGUGACUCCGGAUACAGAUUUGGAGCCACAUAUGUGGGCAGCAAGCAAACCGGUCCUGGAGAGUCAUUUCCUGUCUUGGUAGGUGACAUGGACAACACUGGCAGUGUCAAUGCACAGAUCAUCCAUCAACUUACCGGUCGUAUACGCUCUAAAGUGGCCAUGCAAACACAGCAGCACAAGUUUGUAAACUGGCAGUGUGAUGCAGAAUAUCGUGGUGAUGACUUCACCGCUUCUGUUACCCUUGGCAACCCAGACAUUCUCGUUGGAUCUGGUAUAAUAGUAGCGCAUUACCUCCAGUCUUUGUCGUCGUCUUUGGUAUUGGGGGGUGAGCUGGUGUAUCACAGGAGACCAGGAGAGGAGGGCACGGUCACAUCGUUAGUGGGCAGAUACACGGGUAGUAAUUAUGUUGCCACGUUGACUGUUGGAGGAGCUGGUGCACACGCAUCAUACUACCACAAAGCCAAUGACCAGCUGCAAGUCGGGGUGGAGUUUGAGGCUAGCACACGGAUGCAAGACACAAGUGUGUCGUUCGGUUAUCAGUUGGAUGUACCUAAAGCAAAUCUGCUAUUUAAAGGUUCUUUAGAUAGCAACUGGGUGGUGGGGGCCACGCUGGAAAAAAAGCUGCUUCCCCUUCCUCUAUCGUUAGCUCUUGGCGCCUUCCUUAACCACCGCAAGAACAAGUUUCAAUGUGGUUUCGGCGUCACCAUCGGAUAGAGCAGAAACAGCUGCGAUUAAGAAUCUCAACAGAUACAACCCUCCACCAUGCUUGGACUGGUGCAAAGAGACACGAGGACAGAAACCAACACUGAAAUAGACUCACAGACUCCCAAUAUUACUGCGGUUAACCUUCACAGGGAUGGACCAGGACAAAGAGCUCUGAGGACUAUAUAGGUCCAUCAGAGUUCUCAUCAGUUUAAAUGUUCAUUGUAACCCGGCUUACCUGACAGAUUUAAACAGAUGGGUCAUAUAAGGUUUGUUUUUAAAUGCACAUCAUGUGAAAGAAAUAUACGUGUUACAUGUAAGGUGUUUUGGAAAGAAGUUCAUAUCCGUUUCAUAAUAUGAUGUGUUCAAAUACAGUCUGUAAUUGUGGAGAUGCCUUUGCUGUUUUUUUAUACCUUGUGUUGACAAAAUGAUUUCUCUUUUAUUAAGGGUAAUAUAAUGUCUCAGUUUAUUUUGCCACCGUUAUAAACAUGAACCACAAGUUCAGUCUAUAUAAAUGUAUUUGAGCGGGAUGAGUGCUCAAAUGUGUUUUCUUCAUAUUUAGCAUGUAAAAUGAUGAUUUAAUUUUAAUAAUUCAUCCCCCAAUGGCUAAAAUAUGACAAUUUGAUGCAUGGGAAGCUCUGUGUUUGGGAGUGGAGUUUAUGCCUGUGUCCCUUUGUCUUAUUUUAACUAGUUGCACUGAACUAAGAGAUUUGACGGAGGUCCUUGUCCUGUAAUCGUCUGUUAAGGUCUUAGGACCGAAUUUGGAACGUUGGUUUCAUACCGACGAGUGUACCAAUCAGACUGUCCUUUUUAUGUGUCUCAAAAAAAUCUACUGCAUCACUGAAUUUUACAUGUGGAAGAAUUUCCAAAGUUUGUAUUAUUUUAAUUAGCUGUUGUACACAAAGGUUGUAGGGCAGUCAAAGGGUUGGUGCAAAUACUGUAAUAAACAUGUAAAAUUUAAGGCGGCUUUAUUGCCCAGUGAAGUUUUUCCAUGUCUUAUACUGUCUUCAUGUCUUUGUGACAUGGAGAGGUACUGUAAGGCAGGCUUUUGGCCUGAUUCUAAUGGAUUAUUUUACAGUGCAAUUAUGCUGAAUAAACAUUUGGUUGUAAAGUAA